AUGCAGCGCAAGUCCCAAACUUCAUUCGAGGGGCCAACCCCGGGUGGUAAUAGAACGAUUCAGGUUGCAGGAAGCACUAUACGCCCAUUUGUUUGGAAGCGACAACGUAGUCACUCUUCUCCUUGGGCUGACGAAAUGCCCCCGCCGGAAGCAUGGCAGAUGUUAAGUCCUCGCGAGUCCAAGCAGGUUAGACUUCUACUCACACAAAAAAAUGCGUGGCUAGCAACCCUGCGAGAGCUCGCGACCAAAGACCGAUAG